UACCUGCUUCAGCUCGCCUCGAAGUGCAAAACAGUUGUGAUCUUUGUACAAAGCCACUUCACUGUAGUAAUUGGUUGACUCGGCGAUUCGAGUGACAUUCACACAAUUUUUUCUGCUGUAGUACCGUGAUACUGUACAUUUAAUAGAGAGAGGUUGUUUCUAGCGCGUCUGCAGUGUUCAUCAAAAUGGCAGCUACAACCAUGAUGUCGCAAAUGGGCCUCGUUGGUGCUGGCGCUUACCUGGGCUCCUGCCCGAAAUCGAAGUUGUCGAGCUCUCAGUUGAUCGGAGCUGCAUCGCCCUCAUUGGCGACAUUCCGAGCCAGCACGCUCUCGGUACGUUGCGAGGCAGGCGGCGACAACCCCACGGGUGGUUUGAGGGAGGCAACUGACCGAGCUACGAAGAAGACCAUCACCAAGGAGAACAUCCUGAAGCACCAGGAGACGGAUGAGUCGGAGCAGAGGUCGGUGUUUGGAGCUCAGCCGACUCCAGGGGCACUUUACCCUCGUCCGGAAGUCGAAAGGAGGCCGGAGACUGGUGACAGAUCCUUCACUAGCGUGUUCGCAUUCGAUGGAGCAGCGCCCGAGACCAUCAACUGCCGCUUAGCGAUGCUGGGACUCGUGUGGGCCUUCUUCUCCGAGAAAGCCACAGGGUUGACGGUGUUUGAGCAGCUUUACAUGCCCGGGCAGACAGGCCUGGUGUUCUUCGUGGGAGCAGUGCAGCUCUUCACGUACGCGUCGUUGGUGCCGAUUGUGAACGGCGAAUCCACCGACGCUCGUAGUUUCGGGCCAUUCACCGCGCGCGCGGAGAGGUGGAACGGGCGGCUGGCUAUGCUCGGGUUCCUGUCUCUGGUAGUCACUGAGAUGUUCCGCCACGCACCCGUGUUCCAUUGAGCAAACAACAAAGUCUAGUUGUACAGCUGAGUAGCAAUACAGGGUCUGUACAUUGUCAGAUCCUGGUCUAGAACUGUAUAUUACUUCCUUCACAUUGAAGUGACGGGACAGUGUACUAGUAGUUGGGUUUGGCACAACGCAUCGAUUGCUCUGAUGCACGCUCUUAAACCGUAUGCCUGAAUCUGAAUCAUUCGCAUUCCCAGCUUCGUCUGCCUUUAAGAACUUUGAAACAAAUCUUUGUGACGAUUCUAGUUUUCUGCAGUUGUGGCUGUUGGCAACAAUGCAUCCUUUAUUUAAGCAUAAUUACCA